UUCAACAUCUGGUGUGCAAAUAUUUAUAGAAGUAAUGAAAAUGGAACAUAAGGGAUUGAUGCACAUAAGUCAAAGAAAACACUUAAAGUCUCACAACUUAAACGAUUUCAUAGUAAUAAAAACGUUUCCUUUGCCUUUGUGCGUUAAUGCUCAUUCAAACAUAAUUUAAUUAUACUGUAGGCAACCCCAUAUACAUCAUAUUUAAACCUAAAGAGUUCUGACUGUGACUGUUGCACAACUCGGGCAAUCGCAAAAUAUGUUGGUAAGCGCAUAACUCAACAACGUCUAGACCAAUUUGCCCAAUUCUGUUUUGAAAAUGUUCGUUAAAGUCCAAGGAUGUUUUUUACGGCGAGAGAAAUUCAAAUAAUUGCAGAGAAAAUCCUAAAGAGAGCCUUUUUCUAUAGGAUAAAAGUUGGCAUUAAGAUUCAAUAAUAGUUAUAGUUAAAUAGUUGAAUCCGAGAUAGCGCACUGAAGUGCAUUAUUAGCAAUUCUUUAUAUAAUUAAUUUGUUUAAAAUAAAAUUGCAAAUCUUAUUAAUAGAAUUGACACAUUCUAUGUCUAGAACAAGAGAGUAAAAACGAAUUAUAUUUUUAUUAAACACUACCGGGACGAAGUCGUGGACAAAAACUAGUUAGAAAAUAAAUUGAAAUCCAAUUUUGUUUGUCUUCAAUCCGACUGACUUGAUUUUUUUCAUUGCGACCGAAACAAAUGCUAUUAGUUAACAUAACUACCAUAAAUAUAACAACCGUGUUUAACGUGUUUGCACGCAACCGAAUAAAGCUGCUCUCGAAAAAAAUGGAAUUUACUGGAAUAAGACAACCCUCAGACGAUCCACCACAAUGUUCAGCCACGAUGGACAACUUCUACAGCCAUGUUUUAAACGACGUCAUCGACAAAUCAUCCGAACAUUUUCUUGAAGAAGGCGUCGAUUUAGAAACCAUCAAUGAACUAAAAACCAUCUGGACCCUCAAACUACAACAGAAUAUCAAAGUAGCGAAGGCAAAUGCAUCUAAACUUCAUGUGACGAAAAUGUUACUUGCCACUCCACAAUCUUGCGAUUCCUGUAUUCAGAAACAAGAGUUUAAACGUGAGAAUGCAUUCGUUAAAUGCGAACCAGAAUUCGUCGAUGUAAAGCACAUCAAAGAAGAAAUGUGUCCAGAAUUUCAAGGUGUGUUUAUUCCUGUGGAGGCACAACCCCAGCCAGUAGAUUCGUGGUUGAAACAAGAAGUUGCCUACACAUUCCCUCUACAAGUUAAAAUCAACAAUUCAAAUCCGCCAUUCGCAGUCACCGUGCAUGUGACACAAGAUCAAAUCAAUGGCAAUCGUAUCAAAGCACUGUUUACAAGAGAUGUCCUCAAUGAUUUAAGACAUUUAAGUACUGUGGAAGCAACUGAAAGAAUGCAAGCUUUGGUUGAUCAAGAAUACAAAGACCACAUGAGUUUCAAUAUGUCAUUUGGACAAUACAACAUGGAGUUUACUUCAAUUGGUAGCUUGAAUGAUGUUGGUAACUUUUCUGGUCAAGUAGAUGGCACCGAUGAUGAGAUGAAGAUAAAAGUAGAAAAAUCUGAUAGUGAUACAGAUAUUGAUGAGGACGAUAUGGAUACUGAUGAUGACGACGAUGAUUUAGCAGCUAUUUUAAAUGAAGGUGACGAUGACAGUGAACCAGAUCCGGAUUCAGGUGAUGAUAUCACUGAAGAAGAAGUUGAAGAUACAGAUAAUUUAAUUCUCUGUCAGUAUACACAUGUGAAAAGACAAAAGAAUCACUGGAAGUUUCGAUUUGAGAAUGGAAUCAUGAUUAUUGACGGUGUUGAGUUUGUUUUUCAGCGGGCAACUGGUGAAGGUAUUUGUGUAGUGGCAACAAAGAAAAUGGAUGUGAAAACGUUACCCACUGGAAGAACGGCGACGCCAAGCACAUCGAAACAGCAAAAGUUUAUCAUACAAGAAAGCAUCACAUUCAAUCAAGGACAGAUUACUGCUAGUUUUACAUCAAGUUCAAAAAAUGAUGCUAAAUCUGUCACUUCUUCCAAGAAACUGCAGACCAUCAUGGGUGACAGAAAUUUACUGCAAGAUCUGAAGACCAGCUUGAAUCAUAAAAUGUCUCAGGCAAAAGUGCCUCUUCCAGUUGUGGAACCUGCUAGUAGUCAAAAACGAAUUGUGAAGACAAUUCAAGUGCCAUCAACAUCUAGAACAUUAACAACUGUGAAAAGAGAUAUUGUGAAACCUUCAUCCCAGGUGGAGUACAAAUCUCAUGUUAAACCAAAUGUGUCACAAAUGAAUUACAAGUCUUUUGAGGAUUUUGAAGAUAUGAUUCCAACGUCACUGUUGACGCUCUCGAAAAAAUCCAAAAAUGAAAUUGCGAUUUCAUCUGAAGUCUCCCUAUUCCCCGCGGGUCACAGCAAGCGAAAAGUUGAUGUGAAACCAAAUCAAGAGGCUGUCACAAUUUCACAAACACAAACAAAACCGCCUCAAAAUAUCCAAACGAAGAAAAAAGUCAAGAAGAAGAAACGCCGCUUUCGAAAUAUGGAUGGUUCAGAAGACGAAGACGAUUGGCCCAGUGUUACUAUAUCAACACUGCGGCCGAAAGUCACCGAUACACCAAAAGUCAAAGAAAAAGUACAAGUACUACAAGAAUAUAUCUUUCCAUCACCUCAUAAACAACCAAAAACGCCUUUAACACCGAAGAAAAUCGAACUUGUUGAUAAGGUUGAUAAAGUUGUGUCGGAUGGUCACAUGAGCGAUGAUUCUGUAAGUAGUAUUCACUCAAAAAUGAGCACCAUAAGUGAUUUCAACCUGAAUGGAUCACUCAGUAACAAUGAAAGUACACUUGAGGGAAAUGUCUCUUCAAUAUCUAAAAAUGACGCAGCCGAAGAAGAAACAGUUGUUUUAAAGGUGCUUGAAGGGGAUGUUACUGCAGAAACAAAACCAGGUGAGAUUUUUUGCACGUAUGAUGAUGAAGGUAAUCUUAUUUGCUUGCAAAAGACCGAAAGCGGCGAAUUGCUCAUGUUACCCACUGAACAAGUUGAUCAACAAGAUGAAGUUGUUACAGAGGGUGCAAUCGCGAUAAAUAACAAUUCGUUCGAAAUGGAGAGUAAAGAAGAGCAACAAAAAGUGUCUUCUAGGUUAACUGAAGAUAAAACAGAAGAAGAUUUGUUGCUCUCUUCACCUGAACAAUCUCCAAGUCGUGUGACACCAGCAGUUGAAGGUGAUGAAGAUUUGUUGCUUGCUGAUGAUGCACCAUCCACUAAUACACCAACUGUGGAUGAAGGUAAAGACGUGGGGAUUCUUGCUGAGACAGUUGAAAACGUCGGUAAUGAGGAGAUUGUAGCAGAGCCGCGUACCCCGGAAGAAGAAAUUGUUACAUUACCUACAAAUACUCCCGCAGAAUCACAAGAACCGAUUUAUAUUCUUAAUGAAUCUGAACAACCUGAACUUGCCGACAUGCGAACACCAUUGGAAAUUGCGUUUGUUACAACUUUACAGAGUUUCGCACAAACUGCAGUUGUUUCACCACAGAAUAAACGUCAACAGCGAAAAUUAAAAGGACAAGAAAUUGAGGCUGCUCUGAUUGAAGAAGAGCCACAAAGUGAGGUUAUUUUAACAGAAUUGGAAACAUUGCUGAAACGACAGGAUCAAUGUAGUAUCGUUGAUUAUGUUCCGUCGGAUGAAAGCGAUUGCGAUUUGAAUGAGAGUAUUGAAAGCGUUGAUAGUUUAUCUCAGAUGGAUAUUACGAAAAUGGUGUUAGGGGAAGGUUUCGGUGCGCGAUUGGUGAGCAAUCAAGAAGAGGCAGUUGAUUUGUUACAAUUGCCGCCUGGUUACGAACAGAAACCUCUUGUAGCUGUUAGUAUUGCACCUUUGGUUGAAGAUGCAGUGAGUGAAGCAAAACCGGAACCGGAACCAAAACGUACAAUUCGUAAGAAAACAGUCGGUGCUACAUCGACACCACAUUACAAAAACGCAUCUAAGAAGAAAACAAUACAGAAACCUAUGAUAUUUCAACACAUUACAGGCGAUAGUGAUGUAACUUCACCCGUUAAAUUGAAAUUUUCUAAAACUGGUAAAGUACCUGCUCUAUCACCGGAAAAACCUGUCAAAAAGAUUAAAAAGUCAAAACAGAAAGUUAAUGGAAGUUUGGCGCAGUCUAAUGUUAGUGCUGAUGGUGAUACCGCAGAGUUUGCAGAUUUAAGUUCCAGUCAGAAUUCUCUAACAUCAUUUGAAGAUGAUAUGUCGCGUGAGUACAAACUCAAGAAUGUGCGUGUUAAUCUCAAUGCAGAAGAGACUGAUCGAAUGUCACAAAAAGGAAAAAAGUUCAAAAGAAAACAAAAGCGCAAAAGCAAAUCCGAUGAUAAUAACAGUUCCAAGGAAAAUAAUUCUAUUUCCGAAAUGGGUGCAAGUGGUUCCGCUGGUCGUCUUACAAGAAGUUUAAAAUCUCGAACAAGAACAAGUUUACCUAUUGGGUUGAAUUUGUCCAAUUCGGAGGUUGAAGUUUCCAUUUUAACCGGAGGUGAUAAAAUUGAUGAUGACGAUGUUAUUUUCACUGAUGACACCUCGCAGCAGGAACCAAUCGAUGUUGAUGCUCUGUACGAUGGGGUAAAAGAUGAAGGCAAGUCAGAAAAUGAUGAUGGUUUCUUCAAAACACCAAAUAGUUUUGAUGAGUCACAUACACAUUCGCGUAAAAAACAAAAGCGUAAUAGGACUCCAGUGACAUCUGACGAUGAUAAAAUGGCGGACUUAAAUGAAUUGAACGUCACGCCGAAGUCUGCGAAAAAAAUCCAGUUUAAAAUUAACUUUAAAAAGUUGUUGAAUCAAAGCGCGUCACCACCAAACGCAAAAAAACACAAGCAUAAGAAAUCAUCGAAAGGAAAAGAUAGACAUUUAGCAACUCCCACAUCUGAUAUUGAUUUUGAUCCAAAUAUUAAAAUUAAAGAUGAACCUUUGGAUGACUAUCAACCGAAGGUGCCGAAGAUUAUUCUCAAGUUGUCUCCUCAUACUUCACCAUCAAUUGUGCGGUCGCCAUCUUCUUCGCCAAAGAAAGCAAGUAAAUUGAAUAUGGAUGCAUUGAGUAAUACACCGCGUUCUAAAGGUAGCGAAAAGAAAAAGAGAAAUAUGUUAUCACCUUUGGCAGAAAAUUCACCAAAACGGAAAAAGUUAUCGACCAGUAAAGGAGAUAGCGUUGUUAGUGACAUUUGCGAGUUUGAAAGUGAAGAUGACGCUGAGAAAACUCAACCACUUAUUACGGAUGAUCCAGAAUUGGUUAUUAAUCUUCCACAAGAGGCGUUACCCUCUGAAAAUGCUGUACCAUCUUUUGAUGAUGUGAAGGUUAAGAUGGAAGAUGAUUUACCUGCACAUGCACAAGAUACUGAUCCACUGUUUGUUGGCGAUUUAGUUGUGGGGCGUUUGAGUACUUUUUGUUUCUGGCCGUGUAUGGUCACUGUGGAUCCAGAGAAACAGAUUUAUCGGCGGGCAGGAGGUCCUAAAAAGACUGGUGUGUCUUACCAUGUCCGAUUUUUCGGUGAUAAUGGUCGUCGAGCCUGGGUGCACAGGUGCAGCAUUUGUCGGUACGACGGUCCGGACACUUUAGAUAAGAUUUCGGCGCUAUUGAAGGAUAAGUUGACUAUGAAACCUGUCGACAUAAAAACUAUCAGACGUGAUAUUGCCGCAUGUAAAGUCGCCAACAAAAUGUUGAAAGCGUGGAAGGUAGGAAUGGCCGAGGCGGAGGCGCUAGUAAACAAGACUGUGCAGGAACGUCAUGAAUUUUUCUUCAAUAUGUUUUCCGUUGCCAAAUCCAAGCGUAAUAUGAAGCGCAAGCGGCAAAACACUGAGACAGAUAAUGAAUUUGAAGGCGCUGCUAUUAAAACGGAGACGGAAAUUGAUGGCGUCGUUGUUAAAGAUGAACCUGUGGAUAGUCCAGUUCGUAGUCCCCCUGCUAAGAAGCCGAAGAAUGAGGUUAGGAAAUCAGCUACGCCUAAAGUGACUAAAAAGGCGAAGAAAAUCGCGGUGUAUGCUUCACCGAAAGUGUCUGAGAGAAGACAAAGUACCCGUUCUAACAAGUCAACGCCAUCAUCCACAUCUCGAGCAAGUGUAGCAGAUAGUCCUAAAGAUAGUAUCAAUUUACCAACAACUUCAAGUAAUGAACAAAAACGCAGUUACGUCAUUGAAGAUCUAGAGCUGAUCAUCAAAGGUAGUUUAGUAAUGCAAGACGAAAAUAAUGACCUGAAAAAAGAUGAUGAUAGCCCGAAGAAAGCAAAAUCAAGUGUCAAAAAUGGUAAAUCAGCCGAUUUGAAACAAUCGCUCAAACUUAAAUCAGAUGCCGCAUCGGAAAUGUCUGACACAUCUUCUUCCUCUAAGUUUAGUGCGCAAUCCGCGGGUAACAAACGCGUUUUAUUCAAAGAUGUACCACGACUUCCGGUUUGCCAUGUUUGUUUUAAAUCUGCUGGGACAGUCUUGAAAUGCAAAGGUACCUGUUUUGGAUUUUAUCAUCCGACAUGCUCAGAACUAAAAACUGAAGUCAAGAAGGAGGAAGAGAAGGAACCGAAGGAACUUCCGGCUAGUUCCUCUCCAUCAACACCCAAAGACACAACAUCUAACGUAGAAAUCGUCAGCGUCAAAUCAAAAAGUAAAUAUUUCGAUGAGAACGCAGUUAAUUUAAACGACAGCGAUAUUGUAACCGAUUUGGAUCUUAUUGAUCAACUUGAUAAUAAACUGAGUAAAGUUAUGGCACCGAUCGCGGCCACUACAAACUACAACAAUUCAACAACGGAUGAUGCCGUCUCGGAGGAUGAAAAACCCGAAGUAAUUGAGCCAGUAAGUGAGGUUAAAACAGCAGACUCUCAACCUGCGGAGCCACCACCCACAAUACACGAUGACUUCAUGUGCAUCGCUUGUAAACAUGAUGUUGAACCGCCAUGUUUCUCAUGUGGGAGCACUGUCUAUCUACAAAAACACAUUGAUCGAUUUAAGUGUUCUGUGAAUGGCUGCGGGAAAUAUUUUCACAAAGAGUGUCUCAAGUGUUGGCCGCAAGCUAUAAUCAGCAACGAUGAAGCGUUUAAUUUCAAGUGUCCGAUGCACAAUUGUCAAACUUGUACUUCCGAAAACCCGCAUGCGUGUACAACGCUGUUACCGAUGAGUAAAACUAUAAGAUGCGUCAAGUGCCCGGCUACAUAUCACGUCAAUUCAUUCUGUAUACCGGCCGGCACCGAGAUUUUAAGUCAAACGCAAAUAAUUUGCCCACGCCAUGUUCAUCACAAGAUAAAACGGUAUACGAUCAAUUCCAACUGGUGCUUUAUCUGCUCAAAAGGUGGAAAUUUAAUGUGUUGUGAGACUUGCCCAACAUCAGUACACUCUGAAUGUAUAACGAUUAAUUUCCGCGCUGAUGACACUUUCGUUUGUGAAGAUUGUGAAUCGGGCAGAUUACCGUUGUAUGAUGAAAUUGUUUGGGCGAAGUAUGGACAUUUCCGAUGGUGGCCUGCGGUGAUACUUUUCCCCGAAGAUAUUCCCGAAAAUGUCAAAAAUUUCCCACAUAAAAGUGGCGAGUUUGUUGUUCGGUUUUACGGAACACACGAUCACUAUUGGUUUGCGCUUGGGAGAGUAUUUCUUUUUCAAGAAGAUGAUAGAAGUGAUAUUGGGGAUACUACGAAUAAGAAAGACGUCAGUUUUCAAAAGGCUGUUGAAGAGGCUAAAACGGCACUUGUGGUUCGCAAACAGUUAAAACUACAACGGGAUUUAGCACUGAGAAAAACAGAAAAACCACCGCCAUAUAUAAGAAUACGAAUAAAUCGACCCGUGAAGAAUGUAAAACCAAGCGAUUUAAAUGUAAGCAAUACCAACGCUUGCAACUGCCGAGAGUAUAUGCCCAAUCCAUGUGGAGCGAAUUCUGAUUGUCUUAAUAGACUCUUACUCACCGAAUGUGAUCCGGAUGUGUGUCCUGCAAAGACAAAAUGUCAGAAUCAACGCUUUGAUAAGCGAUUGUAUCCGCCAUUGAUGCCUUACAAGACAGCGAGUAGAGGCUGGGGAUUAAAAUCAUCCGAACCACUGGUAAAAGGGCAAUUUGUUAUCGAAUACGUGGGUGAGCUAAUAGACCAAGAAGAGUAUCACAGGCGUAUUGGAAAUAUGAACAAACAGAAAGCAGAGAAUUACUACUUUUUGAGUUUGGAUUAUAAUAGGACAAUUGAUGCGGGGCCAAAAGGAAAUGUCGCGCGGUUUAUGAACCAUUCGUGUAAACCCAAUUGUGAGACACAGAAAUGGACCGUGAGAGGGGAUACACGCGUAGGACUGUUUGCAUGCUGCGAUAUUCCGGCGAAUGAAGAGUUGACUUUCAACUACAACCUAGCGACGAUUGGUGAUCGAAAGGAGGAGUGUCGAUGUGGGGCUGACAAUUGUUCAGGGUUUUUAGGUGUUAAGAUUAAGGAACCAGCAAAAAUCGAGAAGAAUCCGAAGAAAAUCAAAAAGAAAGCGAAAAAAGUUGCACCUGUGAAGAAAAUUGUACCAGAAGAACAAGCUGUGCCAUGUUUUCUAUGCGGCAAGAUGGAGGUCGACAUAAUCUGCACGAUGAAGAUCUGCGGCAUGGGUUACCAUCUCAAAUGUUUAGAAUUAUUCGCAAAACCUGAAGACGAAUUAUUUUCAUCUGCAGCUAAAAAAUGGAUGUGUCCGAGGCACUAUUGCAACGUGUGCACGAAGCGAACGAUCCGAAGUUGUUUCGAAUGUUUAGAGUCGUAUUGCCCGAUGCAUUCGACCGGAACGAUAAAGUAUCACAAACUCAUGGGCUACGUUUGCAAUACACACAAUCCCGAUAUUAUCUCAGAUGCUGCCGCGGCGUUGCCGUCAAUUUCAAAUCUGCCUCCAACGCCCACCAAAAUGGACGUCUUGUAGCGUUGGUGGAAAAAGCGUCGUCGAUUUUAUUUAUCAAACUCAUGAACCGCAUGAAUAGCGUGUAGUGUUUUCGAUGGGAGCUGAUUUUAAGUUUGUACAUAUUCGUAAGUUAUCUAAAUAGUAUUGAUAUAGUCAUUUCUCAAGAUAAGAUUAAUUUUCCGCGAGUACAAAGUUAAUUGAUUUAUUAUAUUUUAUUAUUAGCAUUCAUUUUAUCACGCGGACGUUAUGAAUCUCGUUGUAUUGGCGAGGUGGGUAUUGUUUUAGUCACACGCACGGUGUGAGAAAUAAAUUUUGAACUUGUAAAUUUCUAUAUAAA